CAGUGGCCAAAGGACACAUUUAAAUGUCUUAUUUCCUCUGCGGAGCCUGGAGAGAGGCAACAGGCACCUACUACAGGAAAUCAUGUGGAGAGGAUCUCUUAUUUAAUACGGUUCCCAGAUUACUUCCCUUCCCCCAGCCUCCAACCCCCACCUCCAGCCACACCGAGUCACCCAGUUUCUUCCUGCAGCAGAGACUAGAAGGCAGUUCACCUCUGCUCCCUGAGGUCCCCGUGAGCCAACGAGCUGAAGUCUGGUCUUGGGCAACCCCACCCUCUCCGCGGCUGUAAUUGAAGGGGAGGCCCUUCAGUUUCACCUCCCCAGAGAGGUUCUUGGGAAGCUCUCCAGUACAGGGUUAAACUUCAGGAGGCUGCAAAGCACAGAGGAGAAAGGCAAGGCAACUCAAACUUGAAGACAUGAAAUCCCCAAGGAGAACCACUUUGUGCUUCAUGAUUAGUGUGAUUUUUUCUUCCCAAGCUACACUGAACUUGAAUUUAGAGUCUAUUGUUUAUCCUUCGCUUCUCCAUGAACAUGAACUAGCAGGGGAGGACCCAAUAAGGCAAAAACGAGCCGUUGCCGUGAGCAGUCCUGCAGCCCAAGAGUUCACUGUCAAUGUUGAGGUCAGUUUUGAAGAUGCCUCCUUCCUGGAGCCUAGCAAAGCUUACUUGAAAAACCUCAGUUUUCCAGUUCAAGGGGAUGACGCUGACCCAGCUACCAACAUUUUGAGCAUCGAGGUGACAGCAGUCUGCAGACCUACUGGAAAUGAAAUCUGGUGCUCCUGUGAGAAAGGCUAUAAGUGGCCUCAGGAAAAGUGCCUCCACAAUCUCACUUGUCAAGGGCAUGAUGGCUCCCCUUCAGGGCAUCAUUGCAGUCUCCUUAAGGGACUGCCUCCCAAGGGACCUUUUUGCCAGCUCCAGGGAGCAGAUAUUACCCUGCGAAUGUCGGUCAGACUCAAUGUGGGCUUUCAAGAAGAACUCAAGAACUCUUCCUCUGCCCUCUAUAGGUCCUACAAGACUGACUUGGAAACAGCGUUCUGGAAGGGUUACAGUAUUUUACCAGGCUUCAAAUUGGUGACAGUGACAGAGUUCAGGCCUGGAAGUGUGGUUGUGGUGUAUGAAGUCACUACAACAGCAGCGUCACCUGAAUUAAUGCGCAAAGCAAACGAGCAAGUAACACAGAACCUCAGUCAGACCUACAAGAUGGACAGCAGUUCCUUCCAGGUUACUUACAGCAAUGAAACGAAGUUCUCCAUCACCCCAGAAAUCAUCUUUGAAGGGGAUACGGUAACUCUGAUGUGUGAGAAUGAAGUUUUGUCCUCCAACGUAUCCUGGCAGCACGUGGACACAGGCUUCGACAUCCAGAACAGCAGCAGAUUCUCCAUCUAUACCUACGUGCUCAACAACAUGACCUCCGUGUCUCGCCUCACCAUUUACAACAUCACGCAGGAUGACGCGGGUGAAUAUAUUUGCAAACUGACAUUAGAUAUUUUUGAAUAUGGGUCCAGAAAAAAAAUAGAUGUUACAUCCAUCCAGAUUUGGGCAAAUGAAGACAUGAAGGUGAUGUGUGACAACAGUCCUGUGUCUUUGAACUGCUGCAGUGAGAUGACGGUGAAUUGGAGUCAAGUUGAAUGGAAGCAACAGGGGUCUGUAAGCAUUCCAGGAAGCCCUGAAACAGACGCAGACCCUCGCUGCAGCAGAUACACCCUCACGGCCAAUGGCACUCAGUGUCCGAGCAGAUUGUCUGGAACGACAGUGAUCUACACGUGUGAGUUCAUCAGCGCCCACGGAGCCAGAGGCAGUAAAGACAUAAAAGUGACAUUCAACUCUGUGGGAGAUAAUUCCAGCCACAAAGGGGAAGUGCACGAGUUCCCAAGGCAUGUGAUGGAAAUGGGUACAGUUCAGAGCACCACCGAGAACAGCCUAGAAACAAGUAAAGCUCCGGAGCAGCAAGCCAACCUAAAAAUAACCCCGGACCCAAUUUCUGUUUCUGAGGGACAAAGCUUUUCUAUAAGGUGCAUCAGUGAUAUGAGUAACUAUGAUGAGGUGUAUUGGAACACUUCUGCUGGAAUUAAAAUAUACAAAAGGUUUUAUACCACGAGGAGGUAUCCUAAUGGAGCAGAGUCGGUGCUGACAGUCAAGACCUCGACCAGGGAGUGGAACGGAACCUAUCACUGCAUAUUUCGAUACAAGAAUUCAUACAGCGUCAUGGCCAAAGAUGUCACCGUCCACCCGCUGCCCCUACAGCCCAAUAUCAUGGUUGAUCCUUUGGAAGCUGCCAUUCCAUGCACAAGCUCCCGUCACAUCAAGUGCUGCAUUGAGGAGGACAGAGACUACAAGGUCAUUUUCCAAGCUGGUUCCUCGUCCUUUCCGGCUGCAAAAGAAGUUAACGGAAAGCAAGUGUGCUACAAACACCAUUUCGUGGCAAACUCAAUUUCCUGUCCAGAAAAUAUGGAUGUGUUUUGUCACAUUACCAAUACCGCUAAUAAUUCAGUCCGGAGCCCAUCUAUGAAGCUUAAUCUGGUUCCUGGGGAGAACGUCACAUGCCAAGAUCCUAUCAUAGGUGUUGGGGAACCCGGAAAAGUCAUCCAGAAGCUUUGCCAGUUCUCUAAUGUUCCCAGAAUCCCUGGGAGUCCCAUUGGCGGGAUCAUAACUUACAGAUGUGUGGGCUCCCAGUGGAAGGUCAAGAAAAACAACUGCAUCUCUGCCCCCAUAAAUACUCUGCUCCAGCUGGCUGAGGCUUUGAUGAAGAGCCCCUCUCAGGAUGAGAAGCUCCCUUCAUACCUAAAGAAUCUUUCCAUUAGCACAAACCAGGUGAAACUUGAAGUCAAGUCAUUUCCUGGGAGCCUGGGAGCCAUUAUUAACAUCCUUGAUUUGCUCUCAACAGUUCCAACCCAAGUGAAUUCAGAAAUGAUGAUGCACGUCCUCUCCACGGUCAACGUCAUCCUCGGCAAACCCAUUUUGAAUACCUGGAUGAUGUCACAACAGCAAAAGACCAAUCAGAGCUCACAGUUACUGGAUUCAUUGGAAAGAUUUUCCCGAGCCUUGCGGUCAGAAGAUAGCACCAUCUCCCAACCUAACGUUCAGAUGAAGAGCAUGGUCAUAAAAUCUGGCCACCCCAAAUCCUACACACAGAGCUUUGUUUUCUUAGACUCUGAGCUCUGGGGCAACGUGACUAUUAAUGAAUGCCAGCUGGAACACCUGCAACCAGAUUCAUUUAUCGUCACCGUGGCUUUCCCAACUCUCAAAACCAUCCUCGCCCAGGAUGUCCCAGGAAAGACUUUUGCAAACAGCCUAGUGAUGACAACCACUGUCAGCCAGAAUCUAACCGCGCCAUCGCCAUUCAGGAUUUCGAUGACCUUCAAAAACAACAACCCUUCGGGCAGGGUACCGAGGUGUGUCUUCUGGAACUUCAACCUCGCCAACCACACAGGGGGGUGGGACAGCAGUGGGUGUUAUGUUAAAGAAGUCACUGAGGACAGUGUGUCUUGCAGCUGUGACCACCUCACAUCCUUCUCCAUCCUCAUGUCCCCUGAUUCCCCGGACCCUGAUUCUCUCCUGAAAAUCCUGCUGGAUAUCAUUUCCUACAUCGGGCUGUGCUUUUCCAUCUUGAGCUUGGCGGCCUGCCUCGCUGUGGAAGCCGUGGUGUGGAAAUCGGUCACCAAGAACCGGACUUCCUCCAUGCGCCACAUCUGCAUCGUGAACAUCGCGGCCUCCCUUCUGGUCGCCGACGUCUGGUUCAUCGUGGCCGCCGCCGUCCACAACUACCGCUACCCGCUCAACCAGACGGCCUGUGUGGCUGCCACCUUCUUCGUCCACUUCUCCUACCUCAGCGUCUUCUUCUGGAUGCUGACUCUGGGCCUCAUGCUCUUCUACCGGUUGGUUUUCAUCCUGCAUGACACGAGCAAGUCCAUUCAGAAGGCCAUUGCGUUUUCUCUCGGCUACGGUUGCCCUCUGGUCAUCUCCGUCAUCACGGUGGGGGCCACCCAGCCCCGGGAGGUCUACACGAGGAAAAAUGCCUGUUGGCUCAACUGGGAGGACACCAAGGCCCUGCUGGCCUUCGUUAUCCCAGCACUGAUCAUUGUGGUGGUCAACGUGACCAUCACGGUCGUGGUCAUCACCAAGAUCCUGAGACCUUCCAUCGGGGACAAGCCGAGCAGGCAGGAGAAAAGCAGCCUGUUCCAGAUCACCAAGAGCCUUGGGGUCCUCACACCGCUCUUGGGGCUCACCUGGGGUUUCGGUCUCGCCACCGUGUUCCAGGGGAGCAAUGCUGUCUUCCAUAUUGUAUUUACCCUCCUCAAUGCCUUCCAGGGAUUAUUCAUUUUACUCUUUGGAUGCCUUUGGGAUCAGAAGGUACAGGAAGCCUUGCUGAAUAAGUUUUCACUGUCGAGAUGGUCUUCACAGCACUCAAAGUCAACAUCCCUAGGUUCAUCCACUCCAGUAUUUUCUAUGAGUUCUCCAAUAUCAAGAAGAUUUAACAAUUUGUUUGGUAAGACAGGAACAUACAAUGUUUCCACCCCGGAAAUAACCAGCUCAUCCCUGGAAAACACAUCCAGUGCUUAUUCAUUGCUCAACUAAGAACAGGAGAAUCCAGCCCAUGGAACCUCUUGGGGAACAGUGGACGUUCUCUGAAAAAGAGAUCCUUACCAAGCCAUGGAUAAAAUGUUUUCUCCGCAGGCUUCAGGGAACAGAUGCUGAAGAGACUUUUUCAUUAGGGAAGGGGCUUUCUUUUGUAAAUACAGACUAAAAGGAAUUGUUACAUUUAUGUUGCAGCCCUACCCCCACCCCUUGUGUGAUACCGAAUGUGUAUAGUAUUUAAGUGAAACUCAAGCCAACUUCUCUGUCUAUAUUGUAAAAUAGAAUUUCAGAGACAUUUUUACUUUUCACACCCUGGGCCCAAAGAUAAGCUUUGAUUAAAAUAAUAAGUGAAAGGCUAGGACCUAGGAAAUACUUCAGUGAAUUCUAGGAAGGAAGGAAGGAAGGAAGGCAAGAAGAAAGGAAGAAAGAAGGGAGAGAUGGAGGAAACUAGAAGGAAAAGAAAAAAAUAGAGAACAACAUAAGGACCAUAUUUUAAGAUUUCCAUGUUAAUGACCUAAUACAAUUGCUUCUCAGGUGCUGCAACACUGAAAAUUCAAAAAUGACUCCAAAAUGGAAAUGGAAAAUUAGCCGUGGAGAAACUUCAAUAUCUUCCUGGUAUUUCCUUAGUUAAGAGGGACCAAAAAAAAAACAAAAGCAAUGAAAAAAUUAGGGAGGAAAUUAUAUCAAAGAUGCUUUCAAGUGGAUGAUAAUAUUUAUAAGAAAUUCAUGGAAGAAGACAUGAUUCUCCUGAUGCUAAACAUAUACACAUAUGCUACUGUAUGUUAAGGUUGGAGCUAAGUGGAAUGAAUAGACAGAGAAAGUGUGAUGGCCAUGCCUUAUUAGAUCACAGCAGACCAACUGCUGAUUACACUUUUAUAGUUUAGCAGAAAAGGCUUAUGUUUUGCUUCCACUUUUUGAAAGCAAAAAAAAUAUAUUUUUAUAUCCAUUCAUUUCCAAAUGUGAUAUAUUGCACUGAAAUACAGAAGCCCCCUCUACUGUCAUAUAUUAACAGCUUUAACCAGGUACUUUUCUGUGCAUGAUAGAAUAGAUUUUCAUGACCUUACAGCAUUGUAUAUUAUUAUUGUUGUAGUUACUGUGGAUUUAGGGGCCCUGGGUGUGUUGUAUAGCUCUCUAUGUAUUAAUUCUUUCAGUUCCUAAGUUCCUAGACCAAUAUACAUUAAGAGUUUUCUACUGUCUAAUUCGUGUUUAUUUCAACCACGUGGAAAUCUUCUAGAAAGAAAUUUUACAACCAGCUAGUCUGUGCUUCUGAUGACACUUUACCUUGAUGAACAGAUGGUGAAGAUUGUUUGUGAAUUAUGUGCAUGUGUGUAUUUUGCUUGUGUGUGUGCAGUUCAUAAAAAUACAAAGAUUAAAAUAGCAUCCUUAUCAAAGUUAACCACGUAAUGCCGUGGAGCAACUAAGCCCGCACGUCACAACUACUGAAGCCCGUGUGCCUACAGCCCGUGCUCCGCAACAAGAGAAGCCACGACAAUGAGAAGCCCACGCACCGCAAUGAAGAGUAGCCCCCGCUCGCCACAACUAGAGAAAGCCCGUACACAGCAACAAAGACCCAACGCAGCCAAAAUAAAUAAAUUAAUCUUAAAAAAAAUGUUAACCAUGUACCGUAGCCACAGCAACCGUACAUUCCAAAUCAAAGUCGGAUCCCAGGGAGACAGUGAAACAGAAUAAAAAUGUGGGGCUUCUCUGAAAAUGUGGGUUGUGUGGUCUUCAUAAGGACAAAUUUAAACGGGUCCAACCACCAGGAAGAAAGGCCAAAAGAGUCCGAGAUUCAGCAACCAUUUAUUUAUUGAGGUUGGAAAGAGUAUUCUGUAAAUGUUUUAACUCUUUAAAAUCUCUUCCGUUUAUUUUAAAUUUUAAAUUCCAUUUUCAUCUCUCUUUUCUUUAUGGAGAGGGGGAGGUGAGACAGAAGUCCUAAUGUUUCAAGGAAAUGAACUCUUUUUUCAUACCUAUUCACAAACGACGCAGACAUCUACGCCCACAUUUGCCUGCAAAUUGUCACAUCAUUAUCCCAGCUGAAUAGUUCAUUAUUUAAAGUCCCUAAAGGAAAUGAUUGUCAGGCUUAACAUUUUUCAGGGAAUGAUCAACUUUGGGCAGAGUUUGGUACUUAGAAGACAGACCCAGAGGUUAGGAGGAUGAACUGAAUUAGAUUUAGCUAUUAGGGAAAGCACGGCGUUGCUGCUGUGGCCUCUGGGGUUCUAUCAGUGUGGACUGAGGCAGGGUUAGACAGUAUGUUAACACGGCCACCUUGAUGUGAUCGGCCAGGGAAAGCACAGCACCCUGGAGGCUGUGGGUCUCGUGUUCAAAACCACAAAGUGACAAGAAACACUGACCUUCCACCCGCUUCUGUAGGGAUCCUUUGGGAAUCAUUGUGUUUGACUUUGUGAAGGGGACCUCUGUAAUGACAGGAGCCUUCAGCAGGGCUCCCCAGGACGUGGAUCUGGCUCUCUCUCCACGUUGAUUACCAUGGGGCGGGGGCACGUUCACUACCCCCAGCACACACACACACACAGAGGUGUGCACGUACCUCCCACCUUUCAAGUCACAGCGCCGGAUCCAAGUCCCAGGAAAGCUAUACAAACAAAAGAUUGGAGAAAGACAAUAACUGCUGGUUUUCUGCUCAACUGCAAGACACAUAGUUCAGCCACUGCUCUUUGCCAAGAUCCUAAAAUAAGCAACAGAAUUCAAAAUUGUAAAAAACAGUGGUCCGUGAAUCUGUAAAUUACAUGAAAGCCGGAGCUGUGCUUGGCCCCAAGGUCACCAGUUCUCAAUCCGCAAGGAUUCCGAGGCUUUUCACAGCAGAUUUCCGAGGGAAGGGAGAACAUGGGCUCUGGUUUUGAUACAAAGUGAGAUAUGGGGUCAACUUCACUUGGAAAGUGGGCAAUACUUUCCCCACGUCCCUGAAAUCUCUCAGUGUAUAAAGUCCGUUCCAUGGGCCAAAACCUUCUUGCAUUAAGGGAUGUUCUACGAAGUCAGUUUCUUGCAAAGGGAUCUGUGCUAAUGCUUCAGAGGUUGUGAGGUUGGAGCAUUCACCAAUGAGCAAUGAAUAUAAACUACAGAAAUAUUCUAAGCCCAGUAUAAUAUUCUAAGGCCAGUGCAACACAUCAUCUCUUGAAUGAGUCAUGUAUCUGCCAUCCUCCUUCCCAUGCCUUACUGUUUACUUGGAGAAAGAGGUAAAUACAGGUCCAUGGGGAUUUCAGGAUGUAGGUUGCUAAGGCCAGAAAUUAAGAAGCACUGUGGGAAGUCAUAGCCCUUUGUGGUUUAUCUAGGGACCUUCAGAGAGGUUGGAAGACUGAAAAAAAAAGUUUCAUGGAGACGAGAAAGAUUAUAGCAACCAGCAAGAACAGGUGGGGGAAGGAGUUAUUCUGAGGCAAGUGGAACAGAAAGUCACGACCAUUUGAGAAGACAAAAGGAAACAAGUGUGGUCAUAGAAAUGCCAUGUAGGUGGAAUGCAUUUUAUUUGUGGCAGGUGAAGGUGAUGUUAAAUGGGGCUCUGCACCCCUAAGAGAAAGUCAAUAACUCAGGCCAACAGAACUCUGAUUCCCUGAGUGUCCAAAAUAAAGGAGGGGCUUUCAGUGGGUCUGUCUCUCUCAUGUAUUUUCUGAACGCCAGUGAAAAUAGUGUCUCAUCAUUUCAAAGAUGUUAGCUUUGGAAUGAGAUGCUACAGGUUUCUAAUUUAUAACUUGGGAUUUUCAGCCGUGUCUUAAUAGCAUGCCAGCAUACAGCUCUGUGUCUUUUCUGUGCUUAUAACAAUAAAAAUCUAACAAGAU